UCCUUCGAAUCUCUGAUUUCACCAACUGCAGUUGGGAAACAGGAAAGCGGCGAGGAAGGUGCCUAUCCCGUGUAUAGUAUAUACGCGACGAUAUGGAAUGGUUAUUGGAUUGGAGAGGAAGUGAGGAUUCAUUCACGCGGGAUCUUGGCUUCUUUGUGCCCUGCGCACACUGAACACUUGGAAGCUAUAUGCAUGCUACCCUCCUAUCUGGCGGCUGGUUUGGAGCUGGACCACAUCUUCGAUGUGUUCAUUGUAAUCAGUGCGCGAAGAUCUCAGAUGCAAACGAACGAGCGAAUGGAUGGACGCGAGUUUUAGUGCUUUUCCGGCGAUUUUGGAUGUGUGAUUGAUUGUCCUUUGGGAAGAGCAUUGGAAGGGUUCAAUCUCAUUCGGUAGAUUAUUGUUAUAUCCAUUGAAAAGUGUGAUAAUAUGAAAAAUUAAUCUUGAAAGUGAACCGUUUUGUGACAUCAUUCUGUGUACAUAAAUGUUUCCUAGGAAAAUCACAAUCUUUGGGGUGCGAAAAUUCGUGGAAACAAGUGGAUAGUAAAGAAAAGCUGUGCCGUGAUACUCACUGAAGUGAUUAGUUACUAAUCGUUUAAUGCAAAAGGUCUCGAAAAGACUUGUGCAAUGAAGGAGAAAAGUAAAAAUGCCGCCCGGUCAAGAAGAGAAAAGGAAAAUGCCGAGUUCUUUGAACUUGCCAAACUUCUUCCAUUACCCAGCGCUAUUACAUCGCAACUUGACAAAGCAUCGAUUAUCCGUUUGACAACGUCUUAUUUGAAAAUGCGACAAGUAUUUCCUGAUGGUUUGGGUGAGGCAUGGGGAGCACAAUCCCUGCAGCGUGGAACAACAAUUAAGGAACUCGGAUCACACCUACUGCAGACUCUGGACGGGUUUAUUUUUGUUGUCGCUCCUGAUGGGAAGAUUAUGUAUAUUUCGGAAACGGCUUCAGUGCAUUUGGGAUUGAGUCAGGUGGAAUUAACAGGCAAUUCGAUUUAUGAGUACAUACACGUUUCGGAUCAAGACGAGAUGAAUGCAAUUUUGUCAUUGCAUCAUUUGCAUUCAGCGCAGGGUGCUCCUUUUAGUCCCAUCCAUGGAAUUCAUAACGCCCAGCACAACAACCAUCAUAACAUACAACAUAACGUUAAUUCAUUUGGGGCCCAAGACAGACUUUCACAUACCAUCGAAUUUGAGAAAACCUUUUUCAUACGAAUGAAAUGUGUCCUGGCAAAAAGGAAUGCCGGUCUCACCACCUCAGGAUAUAAGGUUAUCCACUGUUCAGGCUACUUGAAGGCCCGGGUGUUUCCUGAUUAUGGUGAUGGACAAGGUUGUAUCCAGAAUUUGGGUUUAGUAGCAGUUGGGCAUUCUCUACCACCUUCAGCGAUAACCGAAGUUAAAUUACAUCAAAAUAUGUUCAUGUUUCGAGCUAGUGUGGAUUUGAAAUUGAUUUUCUUGGAUGCAAGAGUAUCACAGCUAACAGGAUACGAACCCCAGGAUUUAAUUGAAAAGACCCUCUAUCAAUAUAUUCACGUGUCCGACGUGAUACAUAUGCGCUUUUCACACCAAAUACUUAUGUAUAAAGGACAAGUAACGACCAAGUAUUAUCGAUUUCUAACAAAGGGAGGCGGAUGGGUAUGGUUGCAGUCGUAUGCGACUGUUGUUCAUAAUACCCGGUCGUCACGACCGCAUUGUAUAGUGAGCGUCAAUUAUGUUUUGAGUGAUCGAGAGGCAAAAGACCUAAUCUUGAACGACAUGCAGCGUUCCUUGAACGCUGAGACAACUCCUCCAGCUCCGGUUGCAAUCUCAGCAGUAUGUAGCCCACCUGCAGUUCCACCUUCUCAAACCCAGGCUCCAGUUCAACCUGAUCCUUCAUUACGAAACGGUCACUGCUUCCAACGUGGAGCUCCCAAUCAACCACCGCAAUUCGAAACGUUUCCCGCGCACCUACCUUACGCCGCGAGUGAGGACAACCUCUCAAUCGCCUCGAACACGAGUACCUUCAACGAUGCCAAUAACUAUUUCAACCCUUACUACUACGACCCAUCUCCAAUCGAAACGAACAAUCUUCGUCCUUUCUCGGCGAAUUCGAAUAGUUGUAGUUCAUCGGAGAGCGAACGACAGAAUACAAUGCCAGGACCAAGCGGGCAGGUUCUGGUGAAUCCUGGCUCUUCUCCGCAAAUGGCCACUUCGGUUUAUAGUGAUUUAAGUCAAAAUUUUGAAAUGAAUUGUUUCGCCUCUAGUCAUCACCAUCAUCAUAAUAACAACCAUCAUGUGAGUCAUAGUCAUCAGCAUCAUAAUCACAGUCACAAUCAUAAUCAGGAUAAUUGUAAUUUUACUGAGAAUUUUCGAAAUGAAAGUCCACACUAUGCGAGUGUCAUAGUUGAGCCCCAACAGUAUAUUUCACAUGAUUAUGUUCAUUAAGAUUAAUCUGUACUAUUGUAUCUUCCCUGUAAAUGUGAUGUCAUCUUUUUAGCUUUAAGCUUAGAUAUAGAUUCUUUUGUAAAUACUUUUAUUUAUUUAUAAACUUGUUUAGGACAAUACUAUAAACUGUAGCUAAUAUUCAUAAAAUAUACAAUAACAGUUA